AUGGACAAUAAUGCAUCCCCUCAAGUUGAUUCAGGUGAAACAUCUUUAGAGGUUAAACCAGAAUCUCAAGCAUCCAAGAAAAGGAAAAUGAUUCAGAAAAGGGUUGUGAGUGUGAGGAUUGGAGAGAAUGCUAGCAAGGUGAAGAAUGAAGGACUUCCUUCAGAUUUAUGGUCAUGGAGGAAAUAUGGACAAAAGCCAAUCAAAGGCUCUCCAUAUCCAAGGGGAUAUUAUAGAUGCAGCACAUCCAAAGGCUGUUCAGCCAAAAAGCAAGUAGAGAGAAGUAGCACAGAUUCAUCAAUGCUAAUCGUCACCUAUACUUCAACACACAACCAUCCAGAUUCUGCUUCCGUCUCUGCCACAAAUUCAGCUCGACAACCAAAAGAAUCUGAAACCGAAACAAUCCAAAAUCUCCCAAUCACUUCCAAGGAAGAAAACCAAAAACAUGUAGAACAGGAAAUGGAUCAUUCUAAGAGACCUGUGACCAAUGAUCAAGUUACAAAUGAAGAAAAUUUUCAUUACUUACAAUCUCCAAUAGAAGAUCCUUUCAAACUAAACAUGGAAAAACACCACAUAGGUCUUGUUUUGGAGGAAAAACCACUGUGCUAUGCAGCACAGUUAAAGAGUUUAUCAGAAUCCAAAUCAGAAGAACUUGAUUAUUUCGAUGAACUCGAGGAGUUACCUAUGUCUUCAUCUGUUUUUCACUUUACUAGGAGCAUUUUUUCUGAUGAAAGGAUUCCUGUUGCCCCUUCUUGA